UGCGAGUGUAAUAAUAAUUUCACCCCAAAACACCUCACAAUUUAUCCACUGGGUGCUCCAGUCGAGCACACCUUUUUUCCGGGCUGCUGAAGUCUUGCAGCGUCACAAACCGACUGGGCUUCAUUCCUGACUCAGACGUCGAUUUGCACCCUUACCUGUCCAAAGUCACAGAAAGGCUGCGGCACGCAUGCAUGCAGGGGGGGCCCAUUGUUGCUCCUCACCGGCCCCCUCCAGGCGGCUCUUCAUUCAUUCAUAGAAUGGUGCUGAGACAACACAGACACUAUUAAGACCAAAGUGUGAUACCCAGCAAACCAGCCUAACCAUGAGGGAUAGAUUGAGCUACAUGCAGGAGUUGUCCAGCAGCCAUGAGGAGCGAAAGGAGUCCGCCGAGUCUGUCGGAUCAGACACUCUCAGCAACGUGGAUUUGGAGGAUGAGCUUCCCCAUGAAGCGGUGGUGUUUGACAACAGCCCUGAUAUGGCCAAGAUCUUUUCCCAGGCACAAGACAUCCACAAGGACGUCCAGCUCAUUCGCCUGGAGGUGAAAAGGCUCAGGGAGCAGAACUCUCGCAUCCACCAGGGUGUCAGCACCAUGAGCAUCAUCAAAAAGGACGCCAACGCCAUAGGUGGUGAUAUAAAGACUCGGGCUGAGCGCGUGCUGUCGCACCUGCGGGACAUGGACAGCACAGCCUACAAGCUAGAAGAAGAGCACGGCUCCAAUUCCGCCAUCGCUCGCAUCGCUAGAACACAGUACGCCUGCCUGAGUAAUGGCCUCCGCGACGCCAUGUUUGACUACAACGCGGCGGAGAUGAGCUACCGUGACGACUGCAAAGCCCAGAUCCAAAGGCAGAUGUCGAUCGUGGGCCGGGAUGUGACGGGCGAUGAGGUGGAGGAGAUGAUCGAGAAAGGUCACUGGAACAUCUUUACCGACAACAUCAUGGCGGAGGGCAAGACGGCCCGCUCGGCACUGUCUCAGAUUGAAACGCGCCAUCAGGAGCUGCUGGACCUGGAGAACCGCAUCAAGGGGGUCCACGAGAUCUUCCUGGACGUCGCCUUGCUGGUGGAGGAGCAGGGCCCCAUGCUUGACUCCAUCCAGACCAACGUGCAGAAAACGGACGAGUACUUACAAGACUCCCUUUUCAAGCUGGGCAAGGCCAAGCGCCAUGACAGGAACAAUCCCUUUAGGAAGAUGUUUUGUAGUUGCUUCCCGUGCUUCGAUUAACCAGCAUAGAGCAGCAGACCUAUUUUAGUUUCUCCAGGAAGUUAAAUCCAUCAAAUGUUUGUCACUGUGGUUUGGAACAGGUCCCUCAAACCAGGAAACUGGGGAAAUUCUGAAAAACACAACAGAUCAUUUUAAAAAUUCCAAUAGUAACUUGCUCUGCUCGCUAAAGCAAAGUUUAAGUGCGUGAUCCUUUUAUUUAAAUGCACUGUCGAGACAUGGAAUCACUGUGUAUAAUAGCACAAAUGCUUUUUAAUGUCCAUCGCACUUUAAAGGUGCUUGUCUCUUUCUGACUUUUUAAAUUAUUGCUGCUCUCUUCAACCUGAAUUCCCUAUUAAUUCCUGUGCUGCAUGUAAAGAAAUGUGUCAUAUAUGUGUCUCUUUUGAUUUGAAUCUGUGUAUUAAAAUAUUGGAAAGACA